UCUAGUCAGUAUUCCGCUUAGUCACUUUGGCGGAGUCUGCGAAGUUGAGCUGCGUCGAGGCUCUGCUGCGGAAAACGGUCAGCCCUCAGCCGCAACACUCGAGUCUGGAGCACCAAGAGCAGAUUCCAGAUGGAAGAAGCAGAUAACGUUUCCUCCACUGCACCCGAUGGAGCUCCGCGCGGUAUCAUCAUGAAUGCAGCCGCUGCAGCCGCUCGGACACCGGCAGACGUUUUUAUGCGCAGCGCGGAGGAGCAUCCACCGGGGCUCAACAACCUCACUAACCUCACUACUGCACAGACAACUAGUGCUCCACAGACGACUGAGGUGACUAGUGCUCUAACUGAGGCAACUAGUGCUUCACAGAAAACUGAGGUAACUAGUACUGCACAGAUUACUGAGGUAACUAGUACUGCACAGAUUACUGAGGUAACUAGUGCUUCACAGAAAAUUGAGGUGACUAGUAACGUUACUCCUGGGAUGACUGAAGAAGCUAUUACUCCACAAAGAUCUGAAGACGCCAGUGCUCCACAGAUAAGUGAAGAAAGCUUGACUACACAGAUAGCUGAAAUCAGCAGCACUUGGCUGAUAACUGAGGAAACUAGUCCUCCAGAGCCAGCAGAAGAAAGCUGUGCUCCAGCUGCUAGCGAAGAGCCCCCAGAGCCCGCUGGAGCACCAUCCUCCUCCUCCUCGGAGCCGGAGCCGGAGCUGAGGGAGGAAAGCCUGACUGCGGAGCAGGAGGAGGCCCCCCGAGCAUCUCGCUCCGAGCACCGAGAGCCGUCACCGUCCCAUGAACCCGAACCCUCUGUUGCUGCUGCCGUCGCUCCUGCUCUCCUUCAGUUUCCAUCAGACCGCUGUGAUUCUCCACCCGUAGCUUCACAGGCCAGCGCUAAUCUUGCUAUGGAUCCAUUGGGACAUAAGGACUCGGCAGCGUUCCACCCGGAUGUGCUGAGCCAGUCCAAUGAAGACUUCAUGUUCGAAAUGAAAAAGAGUACAUUCCAGGCGUUUCCCCCAGUGAGCAACAGCCUCGAGGAGACCACCGCUGCCAGGAGAUCAGUGGAGGUGUCUGAGAGUCCGUCUCCAGACCUGGUGCAGGACGCGUACGAUGAAGGCCACGUGCCGUCAGAGGAGCUCAAACCGGAGACUGAUGCUGACACGUCGGUCUCCCUUUCGUACGUGCCAUCCGACCUUUACUCAAACAUCAACACGGCAUCUGACGACCGACCAACGUCUCUCCCAGAUAUUCUCAAAUCGUCUCCGCUGAACCCUGACAAACUGGACUCGGGCUCGUCAGAAGGAAGCCCUGAUUUCAGCCCGGUUCACAGAAGUGUGGACAAUUCCCCAAAUUCCCCGUUCACAGCUAACAGUCCCUUUGGAUUUGACUCCAAGAUCUUGCUGCUGAAGGAGAUGGCCGAGGAGACGGAGGUCAGAGCUAUGGAGAUGGCCAAGCUGGAAACGGAGAACAACUCCGAGCAAAGUUUCACCGCUUUCGAUCUUGUGAAAGAGACAGAGGCGCCUCCAAAGAGCGACGCCCUUCUGAAGGACAAAGAGGUGAUCAGCCAGACCGCAGUUCAGACGGCUGGCAGAUUUGAGUGUCUCGGCUUCCCCGGCGGAAACACUCAAGAACCAUCUGAUUCUGAGAGUCCGUCAGCAGACUCCUUCUCCCCGGUGCUGGAUGCAGUCACGCAGGAGCGGCGAGCCAUCCAGGGGGCGAUGGACACCACCGAGGAGGUGUCGGAGCAGGAGGUCUCGUCUGAAGAGUUUGAGUUUGUGGAGCGGCCGCCGCAAGGAGCCGCUGAGGAGUUUCUGGAAAUGCAGGAUAGCCUGGCCUUCAGUAAACCCUCAGAAAUGCCGCAGGAUGAAGACAGAUCUCCUAAACUGGAGCCUCAGGAGGUGGCAGAUCACACGCCUACGAUCGAAGACGCAGACAAACAAAGCUCUUACCAUUUCCUCACCCAGGCGUCAGACAAACCUUCUCCUGCAAGAGGUAAAGCGGGCCUGGAGUCUGAUUUCCAGGAAAUCUCCCCAGCUCCUGUAAUCCGUCCUCCAGCGGAUAAACCUGGAGCCGAGGAGAAGGAAGCUGAAGGCAGCAUGUGUGAUCCGAGUGCAGCGGCAGUGCUGGAGCUGCUGUACUGGCGGGAUGUGAGGGCCACCGGGCUGGUGUUGGGCUGCAGUCUCUUCCUCCUGCUCUCCCUCCUCAGCUGCAGCAUCAUCAGUGUGCUGUCCUACUCCGCACUGGCCCUGCUGUCCCUCACCCUCUCCUUCAGGACAUACAGGGGAGUCCUGCAGGCCGUCCAGAAGUCUGAUGAGGGGCAUCCAUUCAAACGGUACCUGGAUCAGGAUGUAGCUUUUUCUAAAGAUGUGGUGCAGAGGCACAGUGAUGUGGUUCUGAGCCGGAUCAACGGCGCGCUGAAGGAGCUGCGGCGUCUGUUUCUGGUGGAGGACCUGAUCGACUCGCUGAAGUUCGCAGUGUUUCUGUGGGUCCUCACUUAUGUCGGUGCCUGGUUUAACGGACUCACGCUUCUCAUUCUCGGUCUGAUUGGAGCUUUCAGCGGCCCAAUAGUCUAUGAGACACAUCAGGUAAUGGUCACGGCUGUUGUUUUCCGGCUGAAAUUAUGUGUGAUUAAUGAAACCACAAAAGGCAAUUUAUUGAAUGAAUUAGAUGGUUUUCCAAGUGAAAAUACAUGCAGCGUUCUCUUGAGCGUCAAGUAAUGUUCAUGUCAGUUU